AUUAUCAAUGGGACUCUACAAAUGUACAAGUAUCGGAAUAACUUGGGUUCCAGAAGGAAAAGAGAGGGAAAAGGGGAACGAAAGUUUAAAGAAAUAAUAGCUGAGAACUUCCCAAACCUGGGGAGAGAUAUGGACAUACAAGAUCAUAAGCUAAUAGUCCACACUGUUCUCUCAAUUCAGAAAGACCUUCUCUAAGACACAUUAUAAUGAAACUGUUAAAUUCUAAGAUAGAGAAUGCAACUAGCAGCCAGAGGAAAAAAAAAAGAUUCUAACCUAUCCAGGAACCCCCAUUAGGCUACCAGCAAAUUUCUCAGUAGAAAUUCUAUAGACCAGGAGAGAAUGGAAUGUUGUAUUCAUAGGAUUGAAAGAAAAAAUACUCCAGCCAAGAAUUCUAACCAGCAAAGUUAUCCUUCAGAUCUGAAGGAGAAAUACUUUCCCAGACAAACGAAAGCUGAGGGGUUUCAUCACCACUAGACAUGCCUAGAAGAAUUGCUGAAAGAAGUUCUUCAAGCUGAAAUGAAAAGACACUAACCAGAAACAUGAAAACAUAAAGUAUACAACACAUUGGUGAAAAUAAAUAUACAAUUAGACUUAGAAAACUCUAAUUCUAUAAAAGAAUGGUGUGUUAACCACUUACCUAAGUAUAAAGCUUAAAAGAAAGGAGUAUUAGAUUUUCUACUCAGCCGCGCCUAAGUUGUGUGUGCAGGCUGUUUCGACGCCAGGACCCCCUAAGAGACAAUGAUGUUGGGCACCGAAGGCAGCGAGGGAUUCGUGGUGAAGGUCCAGGGCUUGCCUUGGUCUUGCUCGGCCGACGAAGUGCAGCGGUUUUUUUCUGACUGCAAAAUUCAAAAUGGGGCUCAAGGUAUUCGUUUCAUCUACACCAGAGAAGGCAGACCAAGUGGCGAGGCUUCUGUUGAACUUGAAUCAGAAGAUGAAGUCAAAUUUGCCGUGAAAAAAGACAGAGAAACUAUGGGACACAGAUAUGUUGAAGUAUUCAAGUCAAACAACGUUAAAAUGGAUUGGGUGUUGAAGCAUACUGGUGCAGAUAGUCCUGACACGGCCAAUGAUGGCUUUGUACGGCUUAGAGGACUCCCCUUUGGAUGUAGCAAGGAAGAAAUUGUUCAGUUCUUCUCAGGGUUGGAAAUCGUGCCAAAUGGGAUAACAUUGCCGGUGGACUUCCAGGGGAGGAGUACGGGGGAGGCCUUCGUGUAGUUUGCUUCACAGGAAAUAGGAAAGGCUCUAAAGAAACACAAGGAAAGAACAGGGCACAGGUAUAUCGAAAUCUUUAAGAGCAGUCGAGCUGAAGUUAGAACUCACUAUGAUCCACCACGAAAACUUAUGGCCAUGCAGCGGCCAGGUCCCUAUGACAGACCUGGGGCUGGCAGAGGGUAUAACAGCAUUGGAAAAGGAGCUGGCUUUGAAAGGAUGAGGCGUGGUGCUUAUGGAGGCUAUGAUGAUUAUAAUGGCUAUAAUGAUGGCUAUGGAUUUGGGUCAGAUAGAUUUGGAAGAGACCUCAAUUAUUGUUUUUCAAGAAUGUCAGAUCACAGAUAUGGGGAUGGUGGCUCUACUUUCCAGAGCACAACAGGACACUGUGUACACAUGCGGGGAUUACCUUACAGAGCUACUGAGAAUGACAUUUAUAAUUUUUUUUCACCACUCAAUCCUGUGAGAGUACAUAUUGAAAUUGGUCCCGAUGGCAGAGUAACUGGUGAAGCAGAUGUCGAGUUUGCAACUCAUGAAGAUGCUGUGGCAGCUAUGUCAAAAGACAAAGCAAAUAUGCAACACAGAUAUGUAGAACUCUUCUUGAAUUCUACAGCAGGAGCAAGCGGUGGUGCUUACGGUAGCCAAAUGCUAGGAGGCAUGGGUUUGUCAAACCAGUCCAGUUAUGGCGGCCCAGGCAGCCAGCAGCUGAGUGGUGGUUAUGGAGGCGGCUAUGGUGGCCAGAGCAGCAUGAGUGGAUAUGGCAGCCAAGGAGCAGUGAACAGCAGCUACUACAGUAGUGGAAGCCGAGCAUCUAUGGGAGUGAACGGAAUGGGAGGGAUGUCUAGCAUGUCCAGUAUGAGUGGUGGAUGGGGAAUGUAAUUGAUCCUAAUCACUGACUCUUGGUCAACAUUUU